CCCGAUUGUUAGAGUUUACAGAGGAUGCCUCCUUUAGCUCUGUCCCUCCGCCGCUCCUUCUAUUGUUGUAAAGUAACCUCCUUUGCAAGCGCGGCUCCCUCCAAGAAGAAGAACCUAGUUUUUCUGGGCUCUCCCCGGGUCUCCUUGCCCGUUCUGGAUGCUCUUCUCGAUGCCUCGAGCCUCUCAACUUCCAUCUUUAGGCUUGCAGCGAUUGUUACCCAGCCACCUUCAAGGAGGGAUAGAGGAAGGAAGAUGAUGCAAUCUCCAGUUGCUGAAAGCGCCUUGGAGAGAGGGUUUCCUCAAGACCUUAUUUUUACUCCCGAAAGAGCUGGGGAGGAAUCUUUCUUAUCAGAUUUGAAGGCUCUUAAUCCAGAACUUUGCAUUACAGCAGCAUAUGGGAAUAUUUUGCCGUCUAAAUUUCUCGAUAUUCCGCCGUAUGGUACUGUCAAUGUACACCCAAGUUUGCUACCUUUGUACCGUGGGGCGGCACCGGUCCAGAGAGCAUUACAGGACGGAGUCAAAGAAACUGGAGUAUCGCUUGCAUAUACAGUUCGUGCAUUGGAUGCUGGGCCUGUUAUUUCACAAGAAAAAGUUGAAGUUGAUGGCAACAUUAAGGCACCAGAGUUACUUCUAGAAUUAUUUGGCAAAGGUGCAAAGCUUUUAAUACGUGAACUACCUUCAAUUCUAGAUGGAUCUGCAAAGUACAAAGCACAUGCACAGGAUGAUUCUAAAGCUAGUUUGGCUCCUAAGCUUAAAGCUGAUGAAUCAUGGAUUUCUUUUGAACAAGUUGCUACACAAAUACAUAAUAAGGUUCGGGCCUUUGCAGGUUGGCCUGGAACCAGAGCUAGAUUACAAGUGAUUGAUGGUAAAUGUAAUGCAAAUGUGCUGGAAAUUAAGAUCAUCACAACUAGGGUUUACAGAACCUCUGAAACAAAUGGUGGUGAAGAUGAAAUACUGUUUGGUGGAUCUUCAUUGCUUAUUCCGUGCGCAGGAUCAACUCUUCUUGAGGUUCUUGAGCUCCAACUACCGGGGAAGAGGGUGACGAGUGCUGUCGACUUUUGGAAUGGCUUGCGAGGUCGAAAGCUUAAGAAGUUUGACAUUUCGAUCCGGCCGGUUUCGCAAGAAAGGUAUUGCUAAAGAAUAACAUCAAUCAACAUGGAGAAAAUUGGUCUCACAUGGCGAUGGGUAUGUAUUAUCAACAGUUUUAUUAGACUUUAUGAAAUUAGCAGUUUUACUUUGAAGUUGACAGCACUGUAAUAAUAAAAAAGUACUGGGCUUCCAUGAAAAUAGUACUUUUUUUGUUCUCUGUCUUCUAUACACUUGCUAACAUGAAUUUAAGAGCAAAGAUGGCCACAAGUCAUUUGUCCUUUUGCUGCUUUAAGGUUCUGUGUAAAGAUAAAAAGGCCUGUGGUUUGGAUGCUCAUCAAUCAAUUGUUUUGGAAGAUAUAAUUUUGCAGCUUCAACCCUGUUGGAUGGUG